AUGGCUCCUUCGAGCACGGCAGGGCACGACCCCUGGAACGUCAAUUAUAUCAACGAAGAGCAUGUCCAGGCGUUCACCCGCGCACUGGACUUCAACGAUGCUGGACCACACGAUCUCGGAGACGUCUCGCCACAUUCCCCUCGCUCGCCCCCAGCCCCCCUCAGCCCGGUAGACGGGCCAGGAGAUAGAAAUAAGCUCCAGGUGCCUGAAACGUGGAGAUAUGGGCCGGAUAAUGGGGUGUUAGCUUCUUCGUCGGGGAGUAUGAGGGAGAAGGAGGGGGUGGAGCGGGUUGAGAAGCUCACGGCUACGAGUGACUUUGCGCCUAUACAUCAGCGCGUGUCGCGGAGAAAGACAGUAACUUCCCAAGGAUGGACAUAUCACCUCAUCAGGUGGCCUUUACUCAUUGUCCUCUUCACCAUCAUCUCAUUCGAGUUCAACGCCUACGUCUUCACCCGCCAAAUCGUCAACGUCUUUGAGUACAUCGUGGCCUGGCGAGGCAAGAAGGGGAAGCUGCGGCAAGAUCUCCGCCAGGCAAAGACGUACGAUGAGUGGAAGGCGGCCGCCAGGAGGAUGGAUAAGAUGUUGGGGUUCGAGGAGUGGAAGGAGACUGAGGAUGAUGGGUACUAUGACUACUUCCUCGUCAAGCGGGUACGGCGGACUCUUACGAAGCUUCGGGCUACAAACGAUACGAGGGGUCUGAUGGACGCCUUGGCGGUCUGCGUGAGGCCGAACUUUGCUGGGACCGAGGGCGUCAAAAUGUACAGCGAGACCUUCUUUGGUACCAAGAAGCUCGUCGAAGCGCACAUUGACGAAGUCGUCGCGUCCAUCGACUACGUCCGCCAAGCUACCAAUGUCACAAUGGAGGAAAAACGGGUCUUCUUUCGAGGGAUCAACAAGAACUACGGCUCCUCUGCGCUCUGCCUCUCCGGAGGCGCAAGUUUCGGGUACUACCACUUUGGCGUAAUCAAAGCCUUCCUCGAGGCUGACCUUCUCCCUCGGGUCGUCACCGGUACAUCCGCCGGUGGUCUUGUCGCCGCUCUACUCUGUACGCGGACAAACGAAGAGCUGAAGGUGCUCCUCGUCCCUGAGCUGGCGGAUAAGAUUACGGCGUGUGAGGAUUCGAUGCCAGUCUGGGUGCAGAGGUGGUGGAAGACCGGAGCGAGAUUCUCGGCGGUCAACUGGGUUAGCAAGGCGAUGUUCUUCACGAUGGGCUCUUUGACUUUCAAGGAGGCAUACGAGCGGACUGGGCGAGCUCUGAAUGUGACGGUAGUCCCAUCUGAUCGUCACUCACCUACAAUCUUGCUAAACCACCUCACUGCCCCAAAUUGUAUCAUCUGGUCUGCUAUCAUCGCGUCCGCUGCUGUACCUGGUAUCUUGAACCCCGUGGUGCUUAUGGCCAAAGACCGAAAUGGGCAGGUCAAGCCGCAUAAUCUCGGUGGAUCUCGAUUCAAGGAUGGUAGUCUGCGAGAAGACAUCCCUCUGGGCAGUCUUCACACCCAGUUCAACUGUAAUUUCUCGAUCGUAUCGCAAACCAAUCCGCAUAUCCACCUCUUCUUCUUCGCGCCCCGGGGAUCAGUCGGCCGACCCGUCGCGCAUCGUAAAGGCAAAGGCUGGCGAGGCGGCUUCAUCCUCUCCGCCCUCGAAUCGUACAUCAAGCUGGACCUCAACAAGCAUUUCAAGGUUAUCCGAGACCUCGACCUUCUUCCUCAGAUCCUGCAGAGUGAUUGGAGUGGUGUAUUCCUGCAGAGAUUCUCGGGAGAUCUGACUUUGACGCCGAGGAGCACUGCAGGUGAUUGGUUCAGAUUGCUGUCAGACCCUGAUCGGACGCAGUUGCAGCGAAUGCUGGAAGUAGGGGAGCGGGUCAGCUGGCCGUCUCUACACAUGGUCAGGAACAGGAUGGCAAUCGAGCGAGCGGUCUUCCGCGGCCGAUCCGAGAUCCGCGCAGCUACCGCCCGGGAACGCACUACGAACGACGCCGCCCUUACCGCCUACAAGGAGCAUGAGCACGAUAAUGCCCUGACCAAUCAAGUCCCUAUCGAAUCCGACGCGGAUGCGGGCUUUGCCCUUCGGUCUCGGCGGGUCAAAAUGCACCGCUCUGUCCCUCCUGCCGCCGAGGCGUUCGGAAACCCACCUGCCGAAGGCAGCAACGGCGCAACUGCAGCCCGUCUCGGCUCAGCCGCUGCUCUGCGCCGCCGACGCGUCUUCCCGGGCGCAGGGACGGGGCAGAGCCAUCGUCGGAGACCUAGCGAGGUCAUAUUUGACCGGCCGCUGCCGCAGCAGGGAGGAGGGGAGGAGGAUAGUGGGGACGAUAAUGAGAAUGAGGACGAUGAUGACUACCCUACGGAGACUGCGCGGACGUACCGCACGUCUGCAUCCGCACCGCCCUCGGUCGCUCCGAGUCCGGCGACCAAACGGACUUUGGGCGAUACGUUCCGGAACGUCAAGGCUACGGCUCUGUUUGCGCCAUUCCGGUCCCGCCUCUCCAGCUCGAGUACUGGAUCUACUACACCGACUGGGGCUGCCGGGUCGUCGUCGCAGGCACAGAGGGACAUCCAAGGUCUUCCAUCAGCGGCAUCCGGGUCGAGUGCCGGGACCGGUAUCAGUACAGGUGCGGGCCUGACUCCCAAUCCACGUCGAAGCCAGUCGAGCAUCAGCAGGUGGUUCGGCGCAGGGGAAUACGACACGUCAGAGUCGGAAGAUGAGGCUGGGAUGGGGAGGGUCGAUGAGGGCCUCGAAGGGUCAGCGAGGAGUCACAGUCCGGACGAUUUCGGGGCGGGGGGUUUGAGGUCUGAGGGAAGCGGAAGUGGGGACGGGGAGGAUAGUGGGGAUGGUGUCGGGGUGAUCGAUACGGAUCCGGAGGGAGAGGAUCGGACGGAAACGAAGCGGUAUAGCCCACCUCAGCAGGAUCCGGGCCAAGCCCGGUGA